UUAUUUUGUUUUCUCCAUCCUAUAUAUACAUAACCAACUAUCACAUAGAUACAACACAAGCUAUUAUUCUCUUACACAGUUAUUGGACCCCUAAUAUAGGACCAUAUGGGUUUCAAUAUCUAUACAUUGAUUUUGCUCUCUCUCUUUAGCCUAACUUUGCUUGUGUCCAUGCACCAAGUAAGUGCAACAAAGUCACAUAAUGCUCCUCAUCCUUCAAAAAGGAGAAAAGAAUUGACUAGUUGUAAUUUGUUCUAUGGAAGUUGGGUGAUUGACUCUUCUUCUUCAUAUACUCUCUAUGAUUCUUCAAGCUGCCCCUUCCUAGAAUCUCAAUUUGAUUGUCUAAAGUUUGGAAGACCUGAUAAUCAAUAUCUUAGAUACUCUUGGAAGCCUAAUUCAUGUUCCUUACCAAGGUUCAAUGGAGAGGAUUUCUUGAACAAGUGGAAGGGUAAGAAGAUAAUGUUUGUAGGUGAUUCAUUGAGUCUAAACAUGUGGGAAUCAUUGGCUUGUAUGAUUCAUGCGUCUGUACCAAAUGCUACUACAAGCUUUUCUAAGAAAGAUUCAAUAUCUACUGUGAUUUUCCAGGACUAUGGAGUAACCAUACAGCUAUACCGUACACCAUAUUUGGUGGACAUAAUUGAUGAAGAUGUUGGGAAAGUGCUUAAGCUGGAUUCCAUAAAAGCUGGUAAUGCAUGGCUUGGCAUGGAUGUGUUGAUCUUCAACUCUUGGCAUUGGUGGGUCCAUAAUGGACCUGCAUCACAAGGCUGGGAUUAUAUUAGAGAUGGUCCCAAUCUAGUGAGAAACAUGGAUCGUUUGGAUGCAUUUUAUAAAGGAUUAACAACUUGGGCAAAUUGGGUUGAUGCCAAUGUUGAUCCUACCAAAACUAAAGUCUUCUUUCAAGGAAUUUCCCCUACUCAUUAUCAAGGCGAAGAUUGGAAUGAACCAAAGAAGACAUGUAGUGGCGAAGUUGAACCAUUACCUGGGCCAACAUAUCCGGCGGCUCUUCCUCCGGCGACUGAUGUAGUGAACAAAGUGUUAAAGAAUAUGAAGAAGCAAGUUUAUCUGCUUGACAUAACACUCCUCUCAGAACUAAGAAAAGAUGCACAUCCUUCAGUGUAUACUAAGGAUCAUGGCAUUGAUUGUAGUCAUUGGUGCCUACCAGGAUUACCUGAUACUUGGAACAUACUCUUAAAUGCAGCUCUAAUAAUGUGAAGUUAGAGUAUUAUUGUGAGUAGAUGUUAAUAACAUUAUUGAUUCUUGAAGAAUAUAGAACACAGUCCCAAUCAAAUUGUUACACAUGUUCUAAAAACAAUAAAAUACUACUAAGUCCGUUUAGUGGCGGAUCUUGAGUGA